CCGACACCUUCAUCACAGCCUUUGAAGAUUCCAUUCUCUAUCCCCGUCCCUCGCCCCAGAUCGAUCCAGCAGCCCGCCAGCGUGUUCAGCUGGCGUGUCCCGCGUCCAGCGAACAGUUCUUGUUCUGUCCUCUCCUGUCCUGUCCUAUCCUGUCCCGUCCUGUCCCUGUGUGCUUUGUUGGAGCCUGUGCGUGCCUGGGACGUCUUGGCUCUGGCAGGAGGACUACUAGUCUACCUUACUACCUUACUGCUGCUGCCAUCGAACAAAAAGCAAAGGCUGCCGCCGCCGCCGCCCGCUGCCCGACUCCGACUCGUCCACCCAACCCACGCACGCACGCUCGCUCUCCCAUCUCCCAUCCUUCAGCAGCUCCUUUUCGUUCGUGGUCGUGACCGAACAGAACGGUGCCAGUGUCACCGCCCGACGCGACGACACGACACGACACGACACUGAUUGCUCCUGCAACCUCGAGCGCCGACUUGCUCACUCCUGCCGUCUGCACGCACGCAUUUACCUUCUGCCCCUUCCGUUGCAUCUGCCUUCGUCGCGUGCGCGCGGCCCUUUGUGUGGUCAUUGCCACCCACCCACCCACACAUACACACACACACAUAGACUACUACCGGAUCCUGGUCUCCGGUGGACGUCAUCCUCUCCCUCAACAUGGACCGGCCAGCGACCAUUGCCGUCGACAAUGAGACCAAGAGUUCCAUCUGCAGGACGACGGCCGAGGGCAGAAUCAUCACCUACCAGAUGACGGUGCUGCAGCAGCCAGUUCGCGCCCGAGCAUGUGGCCAAGGUGCCAAAUCAUCUGCCGACCGAAGGCCUGUCGACCCUCCACCAAUUGUAGAGCUCCAGAUCUUCGAGGGCCAGGACCGCGAGACGGACAUCACCUUCACUAUGCAUGCCAAUUAUUUCUUGUUCGCAACUCUGGAAGCUGCGCGACCCAUUGCCCACGGACGCGUCGCCUCGGAGCGACAGACCCCUCCAGUCCUGACUGGCACUCCCGUAGCCGGAAUGGUGUACCUGGAUCGGCCCAAGUCGGCGGGCUAUUUCAUUUUUCCGGAUCUGUCUGUCCGCCAUGAAGGCCAGUACCGGCUGAGCUUUAGCCUGUACGAGGAGCUCAAAAGUUCCAAGGAUGAGGAUAAAUUGUCCGAAGAGGCCAAAAGCAAUGGAGAUGGGUCCCCCGUGGUCAAUCACCGCCUGGAAGUGAAGUCGGAGCCAUUUCAGGUCUUCAGUGCGAAGAAGUUCCCAGGCUUGACCGAGAGCACCGCUUUGAGCCGGAUGGUCGCUGAGCAAGGUUGCCGCGUCAGAAUUAGGAGAGACGUGCGUAUGCGCCGGCGCGAAACCAAGGGUGGCGCUAAAGAUUGGGACGACUACGAGGACGAGACUGCCGGAGCUCGCGCUCGAGUAUCUUCCACUCCAGAGGCUCAAUAUCCGGGUGCGAUGCCACAUGCCUAUAUGGAGCCAGUACCUCGCCCACGGUCUGCAAGUAACGCGAGUCACCAAUCCUUUGGAUCGCGGAGGCCAUCCACUCAGGAUAUGGCCAAUAGUUAUCAGUCGUCUCAGUUUGGGACUGCACCUCAAACUCCAUCGAGCAACUUUCAGCAGUCGGCGCCCUAUGGUCCGUCACCUACGCAAGCUUAUCAAACCGGGCCGUACAUGCAGCAGCAGCCUCCUCCGAUGCAGCCACCGCCGCCUCAUUACCAGCACGGUUUUGCCGCACCACUACCACCACCACCUCCUCCCGUGUCAGUGAGCGGUCCGCAGCAAGGGUUCUACGGAUAUGCACCGAGCCAGGCACCGCAUGCGCAGCCAGCACAAUCCCAAUACAGCGCUGCUCCUCCAGCAUCUUACGACACAGUGCCCCAACCGCAGCAACGCGGCAGCGUGGACUACCCAUCGCAGACACAAUCCGAUGCCCGGAGGUACUCUGUGCAGCACCCAUCUCUACCACCGCCACCGCAACCCCAGUCUGGGUUUCAGCAACAUAUUCAGCCACCGAGCUAUCCGUCACAGAUUCAUCAUCAUCAACAACAACAACCACAACAACAACAGCAACAGAGCUACCAAUCCACCCCAUCAAGCCAGGCACAGCAGUCUGGCUCUGCUUAUUCGUCUUCUUUGGAUAUGUAUAACAGCAGCAGACCAUCACUACAUCAACCCAUGCAUGCCCAGACUCGGCCGAAUGGAUCCCACACACCCAUAUCUAGUAGACCUUUGGAUCUACCACCUCUACAAACUACUUCGGCGCUGUUGUCCAGCAGCAAGCUCGAAGCUGCAUCACCCAGCUCGGCCGCACCCUCACACUCGUACUCGGCGGCAGCCCAGGCAUCCCUGGAUACUCACAAGCGCAGUUAUGGUAACGUGUUCAGCGAGAAAUACCAAGACCAGCCGCUGCGGCAGGGUGCCAGGCCCGGUGCGAGCACCAGCACAAAUGACUACAGCAUGGUUGCCAACACGUCACUGUCUGCUGUCGAUGAUGACGACACCAGUGGUGAGCUGGACCCAGACACAUUGAGUAUGCACUACCGGCGCGCGGAUGGUCGAGCCAUCCGCAGGGCUCUUCCUACGAAUGUGUAAAAUGCCAAAAAUGAAAGGGUUAUCAGCAAGCUGUGAAGAUGGUGCUUUGGCCAUCGCCUCGCCGGCCAAGAGAGGGCCUCACCCGGUAUAUGACGCGCGAAUGAUAGUGACCACCAAUCCAGAGGACUUUCAUGUGGGCCAUUCGCGGAUGCCUCUGAAUUAAUCAAUCUGCCAGCACGAGAGAGAGAGAGAGAGGCUGCCAGUGGCGAGUGCAUAGGAUGCGCCACGACCCGAGAUCCUUCUGAGGUCCUCCAUGACAGUCGCGCAGGCGUGAUAUACGACACCUUCCAACCCGAAAAGGAGCCUGAGGAUGCCAACCUGGAGCAGUUGACACAGGAUCCAGGCCGAACACUCGGCACAUCAGCACAGUAGCGUGACCGAGAUCACAGCCACCAGAAGCGGGACGGGGAGAUGUGAUCCUUGACAAUUCUGCGCUGUUGGCGUAUGAUGAUAGCGUUCUCGUGCUUGAGACGUGGGAAAAGUCACGUUGUUCUUUCAUUUGUACGAAAUCAUGGCGCAGCAUGGCAAAAGGCAAGCUUGGGAGGUUUGUCUGAAUGACUUCAGCCUAAUCUGAUCAAAACGAUCUCUUUUUUUGUUAUGGUAUGAGUGGCAUCACACGUCACAUUACGCUUUGUUCGGCAUUCUCUACGACCUUUUACGAUGGCUUACCUACACUGCCCGACUUUUUUUUUUUCUUUUUUGGGGGGGAGGAAAACGAGCAGGAUCUAUAGGUAGAGGAUUUUUACUAGUCUAGACGACCAUAUGCAACAAAUGAAGCAGCUGCCGUCUUGUGCGGUUACA